AUGUCUAAGUUGACACUGUCUGGGAAGCUCAAGCUAGCAGUGAGUGAGUUCAAGGGGCGCUUGCUGCUGUCUGGGAAGCUCAAGCUAACAGUGAGUGAGUUCAAGGGACGCUUCCUGCUGUCUGGGAAGCGCAAGCUAGCAGUGAGUGAGUUCAAGGGGCGGUUGCUGGUGUCGAUACGCGAGUACUAUGAAAAAGGCGGCAAGGAGAUGCCUUCCUCUAAAGGUAUCAGUCUUCCUCCUGACCAAUGGGACAAGCUGGUUAGGCACAUUGAUACUGUACAAGAGGCCAUUGACCACUUGUCAUAG